AUGGUUCAGAAACAAUCCAGGCAAGAAUCACUCUCGAGCAAAGAUUCUGAUAUAGAAGUCGAUGACAGCGAUAGUGAUGUGGGUCCAAGAAAAAGAUCAAGAACUAUUCCACUACAGCAUUCAAGCGAUUCCGAUGAUUCCAGUAAUUGUGAAAUGUCCACAGAAUCGCAUAGUUACAGUGAAGUAUGGUCAGAUGUGGAUAAAAUUCCUAACAUACCAGAUUUUACUGGUGACCCCGGCCCAAAGAUUUUUCCUACAAAUAAGAAAAGCAUAAAAGAAGUCGUCGAAUUGUUUAUUGACAAUUAUUUGUUUCAAUUAAUGAUCAAUGAAUCCAACAUCUAUUACCAGCAAAAUAAGGACAAGAUGAGUUAUAGGAAGAAAAUGUCAAAGUGGCGUGAUAUUACUCUAGCCGAGAUGAAAAAAUUUCUUGGUAUAAUUAUAAUGAUUGGUAUAAUUAUAAUGAUGGGCCAG